AUGUCUGGACGUGGAAAAGGAGGCAAAGGACUCGGCAAAGGAGGAGCGAAGCGCCAUCGCAAAGUGCUUCGUGACAACAUCCAAGGAAUCACGAAGCCGGCCAUCCGUCGUCUCGCUCGUCGUGGUGGUGUGAAACGCAUCUCCGGCCUCAUCUACGAGGAGACCCGUGGAGUGCUGAAGGUGUUCCUCGAGAACGUGAUCCGUGAUGCCGUCACCUACUGCGAGCACGCCAAGAGAAAGACCGUCACCGCCAUGGACGUCGUCUACGCCCUCAAGCGCCAAGGACGCACCCUCUACGGUUUCGGAGGAUAA